AUGAUUGACAGAGAAAUUGUAGCUGCUUUGACACCUCUCUGGACAUCUAUUGAUGCUCUCACAGCGAGAGUAGAGACUUGUGAGAGUCAACAGGGGAUUACUAUCGAGGUUACGACUUUGAAAGCCGAGGUUUCUGAGUUGAGGAAGGAUGUGGACCAUCUGAAAUCCAUAGACUUCACUUCGUUGUUUGAGUCAGCUGAGGUUCCUGAGGUUCUGGGUAUAGAUGUCCCGGCCAGCUCUGAUAUGCCUCCGGCUACCACUAAAGAUGAGACUAUGGAGGAUGUUGCUGCUGCUGAGUCUGAGGAGGAGACAGAUGAGGAUCAACUGGAUGUUCAGGAGGAGACCAUCUAUUAG